AUGGCUGACGUCCUCGCCCCCCUCCGUGGAGGUGGGAUAGAGGACGACUUGGCCAAUGUGGAACAGGUCGACGACGGGAGUCUGGCUGACCUCCUGGCUGCCCGCUUUGACAAGCAUCUGCUGUACACGUACGUGGGCGAACAGGUCGUCGCCCUCAACCCCUUUGCGUCUAUGGACCUCUACUCGCCACCCAUUAGAGACGCUUACCGCAACAAGGAUGCUGCUAUGGUCCCCCCGCACAUCUACGUCCUUGCUGACGCUGCCCAUCGUGCCAUGCGCUCGGCUCGCGUCGAUCAGGCCGUCGUCAUCUCGGGCGAGUCGGGCUCGGGCAAGACAGAGUCGUCAAAGAUUUUCAUGCAGUACCUGGCGUCGCUAAUGCCAAGCGAUGCUGCAGGCUCCCGCGCCCAAGCCCUCCAGCGCCGCAUCCUCGUCUCCAACCCGAUUCUCGAGGCCUUUGGCAAUGCGGUCACCACACGCAACAACAACUCGUCCCGGUUCGGCAAGUUUGUCCAGCUCCACUACGACCCCACCACCGCCGUCCCGCUAUACGCCCGAGUCGAGCACUAUCUACUCGAGCGCUCGCGAGUCGUGACCCGCCCCAAGGUCGAGCGCUCUUUCCACAUCUUUUACUAUCUGCUCUCGCAGACCAAGCUCGCCUCGUCGCUCUUUCUGCACCCAGACCCGGGCCACUUUGCCUACCUUGCCUGCUCGGACAUCACUCCGGCGGCGGCGGCUGGCUCUUCUUUCCAGCGCGACUUUGCCUAUGUGUGGAAGUCUAUGGAGCUCCUCGGAUGGGCAAAGUCGGACAAGGUACUCAUCUUUAAGAUCCUCGCCGCCAUCCUGCUCCUGGGCAACGUGACAUUUGACUCUUCUGCCGGCGACGACAGCACCGCCGUUCCGGCUCCAGACGCCCCGCUUGAGGCCAUCGCCUCGCUGCUUGCCAUCCCGACCUCCUCGCUCCUCGCCGCUCUCACCACUCGCACGCUCGGUGCCUCGCUCAAGGUCCCGCUCUCGCCAGCGUCGGCGGUCCUCGCUCGCGACUCGCUCGCCAAGCACCUCUACGCCCGGCUCUUUGACUUUGUCGUCGCCGCCAUCAACGACUCGCUCGCCGACGACGCCACAUUCGCCGACACCGUCUCCAUCGGCGUCCUCGACAUUUACGGCUUUGAGGUCUUCGAGGUCAACUCGUUCGAGCAGCUCUGUAUCAACUACACCAACGAGAAGCUGCAAAACGUGUUCAUCAAGACCGUUCUUGCCGAGGCGCAGGCCGAGUACACCGACGAGGGCCUCCCGUGGGCGCACAUUCCGUUUGCUGACAACGCCGACACCUGCUUCCUCAUCGAGUCGCGGACAGGCAUUUUUGCCAUUCUCGACGAAGCAUGCAUGCUCGCCACCAACAACAACGCGUCCGCAGGCGCAGGGUCAGGCCUCGAGACCCAAGCCUUUGGCGAGACACUCGUCAAAAAGUUCGACUCGUACGUCUCGGACUCGCCUGCGUACGCCUCGUACGGCGUGAGCCGCGACCGGUCGCUGGGGCCGGCGCAGUUCCGCAUCCAGCACUUUGCCGGCUCGGUCACCUACACCACCGACGCCUUUCUGAUCAAGAACGCCUCGGCCCUCUCUCCAGACCUGCUUGCUCUCCUCGAGCUCUCGUCAUCGCCGGCCAUCGCCACCUUUGGCGCGCCCGACGAGCCCGACGAGCCGCCAGCCCGCUCCGGCUCUCGCUCCGGCUCUCGCUCGCUCCUUGGCUCCUCCAAGAACGGAUCGAUCGGUUCAGUAGGCUCGAUCGGCUCGCGCCGCCGCAAGGCCGGCAUGGCCGCUGGCCGCUUCAAGGUCGCCGUUCAGGGCCUCAUGGCUCGCCUUGCCACCUCGCAAGCCCACUACAUUCGCUGCAUCAAGCCGAACUCAACCAAGGCUCCGCUAACCUUUGACCGUGCCAAGGUUCUCGACCAAAUCGGCUACCUCAACCUCGCCGAGACCUGCCGUGUCCGCCGUUCGGGCUUUGCCGCCCGCUACGGCUAUGCCCAGUUUGUGCUCCGCUUUGGCUCGCUCCUCCCGUCGUCGGCCGCUGUGGCCGACGUCGUGGCGCGGCUCAAGCGCGAGCCGCCGUCGGCGCGUCCGACCCGGCCUGACCCAGCCAUCGCCGCUGCCGCCAACGCCAUCCUCGCCGCCCGCGGCCUCGCCGGCUCGUCCGACGUUGCCCUCGGUAAGACCCGCAUCUACUUCCGCACUACCCUCGUCGCCUACGAGCUACAAAAAAGCCUCGACGCGCUGCAAGCGACCAGCGUGGGUCAUCUCAAGGCGCUAGCUCGCCUCGUCCUCGCCAACCAGGUCGGACGCGCCCGGCGUGCCGAGCAAGAGCGCCGCGCCGCCGAAGCCGCUCGGGCCGCGGCCAAGGCUCAAGCUGAGCGUGAACGCCGCGAACGCGAGCGGCAGGAGACCAUUGCCGCCGAGCGCCGCCGUGCCGCGUCGAUCGCCGCCGCCGCUCAGCGCAUGGCUGAGGCAAGAGCUCAGGCGCGCAAAUCGAUCCAUCGUCCGCCGGUCUCUGCCGCGCAGACCGCGACGCGGCCGGUCGCCCGCCGUGCACCGGCCGCAGGUGCCGUUCGGGCCCGCCGCGAGCCCCGUCGUCCGCCACGAACCGCUGUCGUGACUCAGGUGCCCGAGCCGGUGCCGGCCGAAGUCGCUGUUGUCAUCCAGAUCGACGCGCCGCCGCCGCUUUCCAACCGGCGGCAGGCGAUGAAGGGGCCCAAGCCCGAACGCAAGCCCAAGCCCGGGCCCAAGCCGGACCGCAAGCCGAAGCCGGAACUCAAACCCAAGCCCGAGCGCAAGCCCAAGCCCAAGCAACCGCCACGUAAGUCAACGCCGCUCGCGUCGUUCGAGUCAAGCAUGACGGCCGCAGAGGCGCAAGCCGUUGACCGCCAGCGGAGCAAGGAUGAGGCCCAAGCGCGGAUGGCUUCAGAGGCCCGAAAGUGGCGUGAAGUCAAAAAGAUGCACGAGGUUGCGCGCAGGCUGGUCGGCGGUGAGGCGCUCAACCUUCUUCAGCCAGGCCGCUCGUUUGUCCGCGAGGGUCAGCUGGUCAAGACCUCGCGGGUCGGAACCAAGUCCAAGUCGCAGAAGCGGUACUUUUUCCUCUUCUCGGACAUGAUUGUAUGGACUCGUGAGAACGGCAAGAUGCUGCGCCGCGGCUCGACCACUUACGACGUUCGCCAGGGCUUUGCCCUCGACCGCAUCACCGUGGUUGACCUGCCAGACUCGGCCAAGUUCCGCAUCGACGUCCUCGGCGGCAAAGACUACGAGAUCGGUUGCCGGAGCCGGACCGAGAAGAUCUCCUGGCUUAGCGACAUCCUGCGGCUCCAAGCCGAGACUGCCGACAAGACCGCUAACGCCCGCGCAAGAUCCAAGUCGGCCCGCGCCGCGGUCGCCGCCUCGGCCAAGCGCAGUGCCGACGCUGUCGAAUAUGCUGCUGCUGGCGACGACGACGACGACGAUGGCGGCGGCGACGACGACCGCGGCUCAGUCCGGCCCGAGUCAUCCGAGUCGACCGCGUCGGUUGUCAGCGCGCCGUCGCAAGUCGCCAAGCGCGACUCGCAGCGCAGCAUUAUGCUCGCCGCCGGUCGCUCUAUGAGUGACAACGCGGGCUCCUCGCCACGCUUGUCGGGUCUUGCUGGCAGCCCGGGUGCGAACCUUCGCUUGCGGUCGCAGACCGUCUCACCGCUGCCGGGCUCAGGCAGUCCGCAGUACAAGCCCGGUGGUGUCCUCGCCUCGGGUGGUUCGUCAUCGCCCAAAGUUCGCAAUCGAGGCUCGACCGUCGACGAGUCGUCGGACGCGACGCGGCGCCGCCGCAAGGUCAAUACGCCGGCGUCGCGCAACUCGCGUGCCUUUGCCGGUCUGGACUCGUACGACGAGUCGGACCUCUCGUCUGGCGGUGCGCUGUCAUCGAUGUCUUCGUACCAGGGCCUUGCGGCGCUCCGCAAGCACCUCGUCGGCGACGGGACUCUCGAGUCGCCACAGCCAGUCAAGCCCGCGCCGGCGGCCAAGCAGGCGAGCACGGUAGGCGGCGGCGGUGGCCUUGGCCUAGCUGCGGGCCUCACACUCGGCCCGGGCGGCGCUGCUCCGCGAUCUUCGACCUUUAUCCCGCCGCCGCCCGAGUUUGACUCGGGCAAGAACAUGUUCAUGCCUCCGUCACGCGCAUCGCCGGCCUCGCCGACCUCGCCGGCCUCGCCGACCUCGCCAGCUUCGCCGUACUCACCAACCUCGUCGUACUCGUCGUCACCGCCCAAGCCCAAGCCGCUGGUCACUCGCAAAGCCCCCAAAUACGAGCCCGAGCCGUUGCCACCCAAGCCCAAGCCGAUCGUCCGGCGCGCACCGCCACGCGAGCAGCUCAAGCCGCUGUUGGUGGCCAUCAAGGGCAAAAAGGUGGACAGUCUCUCGUCUCACCUUGUCAAGACGAUCCAGUACGCCCGCGGUGUGGACGGGCUCGACGAGGCGUCGCUCAACGAGCAAAGCACGGCGCUGGCCAAGGCGGCCAAGGUGGUGCUGGUGAUGAGCAAGAACAACCACGCCCGGCUGGACCAGGCGUGGUCGGUACUGCUCUCGGUCGUCACCAAGUAUGCGCGCUUUGUUGUCGACUCGCUGUGA